GGUGAAUUUGAGAUAAAGGUGCCCAGUCUGCCUCUAGUGGCCAUUCAUGGGCACAGCACGGUCCUGAGCUGCACCUUCCCCGUGAACGGGGCCUUUGACCUGGGCAGCAGCGUCAUCACCUGGCGACGGCACCUGGAGGUGGUCCACAGCUUCUACCACAGCCGUGACGAGCUGAGCCUGCAGAGCCGUCGCUAUGCCAACCGUACCAGCCUGUACCAUUCGGAGCUAGAGCGGGGAAACGCCUCCCUCCGGCUGGAUCGUACCACUCCUGAGGAUGCGGGGGAGUACUCCUGCUGUGUCAUCACACUGACCGGCAGCCAGAGGAAAUCCUGCCGUGUGAAAAUUGCAGCAUCCUACACGGAGCCCCACCUGCAGGUGAGCAUUUCCCCCCAAAGCGUGGAGCUGAAGCUGACAUCACGGGGGUACCCCGCCCCAAAGGUGCGCUGGCUGGACGCCACGGGGGUGGAGCUCUCUAACGGAACGCAGACGCAGCUCCUGACGGACACGCAGGGGCUCUACGUGGUGUCCAGCUCCCUGACCCAGGAGAGGGGGGCCAACUCCACCCUCACCUUCGUCCUGUGGAACGAGGACCUGCACCAGGAGAUCAGGAGGGAGUUCAGCCUGCUGGCAGCUGCCAUUGUCCAGCGUGAUGAGUCGAGGUCGGCUCUGUAUGCUCUCCUGCCUGUGGCCAUUUUAACAGUCCUGGGAAUUCUGGGAAUCAUCCUGUCCUUGAAGAAGAGCCGCUGUUUCCCUGGACCCGAUAGUACAGCCACUAGGGAAGAAAAUACCUCCCUGAAAACGGCUCCCCAAAGCAGUGAACAGGAAUGGAAACUAAAGAACGGAGCCACUUUACUUUAUUGAACUGCUGAACGUUAACCCUUUGAAGAGAAGGUUUUUGGCAGUGGUUCUUUUCUUCAAUAUUCCAUGGAAGUGUUCUAGAACGCCAUUGAUUUCAGUUACCAGUACUGCUUGUUACAUCAGUAUUAGAAUGUUCAGUUAAGAACAUUGGGCCUCAUUCACCAAUAUCUUCCUAAGUUUUUUUAAAAAUUUGUUCUUGAGAAAGGUCCUAAGAAAAGUCUACGUCAGAUUCAUGACGUGUUCUUAAUCCGCAGAAUUGUUCGCAACCUUGUUCUUAUAAUGAUGAAUCCCAUUGUCCUCGUAAACUGAAAGCGCAUGCCAGUUCUUCCUAAUUAGCAUAGGUAAAAGCCCUACCAGUUCCCAUAAAAGGGCAUGAGACUGCAGGGCCGUGUGCACACACAGAAAUCACACACCAGAAUUGAAAAGAAAAGUUAAGAGAGAAGUCAAGAAUGCCCAAACGAAAAUCUAAAGACGGUGGAGCACCGGACUCCAAAACGUAAGAAAAACUUCAAUAGUUCUGAAGUGGAGGUAUUGCUGCAGGAAGUGAAUAGCAAACGACUUGUCAUAUUUAGUAGCGUCAGUAGUGGAUAUAAAAUAACAAAAAAAAAAAAGAUGCAUGGGAUGCUAUUACUUGUUCAGUGAAUGCUGUAUCCGAAGAAGGUUGCACAACUGAUGAAGUAGAAAAAAAUGGUUUGAUGUCAAAUCUGAGGCAAAAAAAAAAAAAUGCUGGUGCGAGUGGGCACAAGGAAUUGCGUGUUAUGCAUUCAAACGACAAAGCGCUUCUCGUCACAUUAAUACCGCUAAUUAAAUCAAUCGGCAGUAAACUGCAUCCGAGAAACUAGCUGUUUCAACCCGUCGCUGCACAAAACACUGCACAAAAAAUGUAUUGCCAGUCAUUUUGGUAUCACCCCCCUUUGAUGGUGUCACCCAGUGCGGUCCACACCUCCCUAGUGACGCCUCUGAAUAAGUGUUCUCUUCUUCAACAUGUCCAAAAGUGUUACCCAAGUGCUUAGUUUGUAUUCACAAUUUAAACAUUUGCUUUUGCAGUAUAGACCAAACAUUGCAUAAUUGAAACCCCCCAAAAUAAAAGGUCACUACAAUGGUUUGAUUUUUAUCAUUUAUUUACAGAUGAACUCCCGCUGAGGCAACCACCCUCUGAGGUGGAACCUGGCACCUUAAUGCUUUGUAAAAUAAUGAAAAUAAUUAUUAAAAAAUAUAAUAAAUGAUGAAAAUAUUAUUGUAAUUUAAAUCCUAUAAUAUUAUACAACUGUAGAAUUGAAGAAAACGCAAGAACCAAUUAUUUUGCACAAACAUGUCAGCACUCAAGUGUGCUCUUGAGUGUGUGUAGAUUCUGUUCUUACCUAAGAACAAACCCCAAAUAAGAAAACAUGGGUGAAUGUCAGAAUCUUUGUGAAAACUGUGUAAGUGGGUUUUAAGAAGAGAAUCCUUCUUAUGAACGGUCGAUGAAUGAGGCCCAUUGUAAUCUCAUAUUUGUGAUGUUACACCUUAAAGAGUUAAAAGGAACAAGUUAACUUGCAUUUUAGUGCUUUAUGAUUGUUUUAUUUACACUGGCUGGUCCAUCUUACAGACUCUGGUAAGUUUCACACUUGCUGACUCCCUGUCAGCACAGUCAACAGUCCGUUUUAAUUUCGAGGUCUGAUGAGGAGCACACUUUUGUAAACCGCUUUACAAUUUGAAUCUUCUCAAGUCAUUUUUAUCAAAAACAUUAAGGGUGUCUUCCUUGUGCUUAAUAUAAAUAACUUGACAGGAAAAGCCAGGUGACUAGCCCAGUAUUCAGCAUGACACUACGUGACACGUGAUACUGCAUGACACAGAAUGACACUGACCAACCACUGUGUCAUGCUGCCACCACUUCCUGCUUCCUGUA